AGAGUAUCCAACACCCAAACACUUUCUCAUAUCUCUUCCUCUCUUCUGACUUUGCUUUUUCCUGUUUUUUUUCUUGGUAUCUUCGUAACAUUAAUUGUCUUUUGUUCUUAAAAAAUUCAGAAGCUAUAGUAGCUAUAUUAAAGCUUAUCUCCUCUCUCAUUUCCAAGUAUUUCCAUAACCUCCAUUCCUUCUAGGGCUAGUGAGAGAGCUCUCAUAAUUUGGAUUAUUCUUUUAUAUCACAUUGUACCAAGAAUCAAAAAAGGAUAUGUCGAACAGAAGAUCAAGACAGUCUUCGAACUCUCCGAGGAUCUCCGAUGAUCAGAUCAUCGAUCUCGUGGGCAAGCUCCGUCAGCUUUUACCUGAAAUCCGUGAGAGACGUCGAUCUAAUAAGGUGUCGGCUUCAAAAGUUCUGCAGGAGACAUGCAACUACAUAAGGAACUUGCACAGGGAAGUGGACAACCUCAGCGAGCGUUUGUCUCAGCUUCUGGAUUCUGUCGACGAAGAUAGUGCCGAAGCCGCCGUCAUUAGGAGCUUAUUCAUGUGAUAUCCAUCUAUUAUGACAUGCAUGAUCUCUCUCUCUCUCUCUCUCUAUAUAUAUAUAUAUACAUCUACGUAUCUAUCUAUAUAUAAGUACUUAUGUUAUCUAAUCUUCCUCGUUAUAUAAGAAAAGACGGGUUUAAUCUUACGUCAGUUUA